AACACAGUGAAUGUUGAAGUGGAAGUAUUGGAUAGAAAUGAUAAUGCUCCAUAUUUUACAUUUCCUAGUGUUGACCAUUUCACUCUUAAUGUCCACUAUCAUCCGCAAAGUAAGAACGACAUCACAGUUCUGAAAGCAUCUGAUAUAGACAGUCACAUGAAUGCUUUUCUCAGGUAUGAAAUCGUUUCAGGUAACGAGAGACAGUUAUUUAAACUGGACUCGCUCACUGGUGUGUUAUCUUACUCUCGCACAGUUUACCAAAAUGAUGCCGGAUCAUAUGAGCUUGAGUUUGUUGUGAAAGACAGUGGUACCCCAGUUCUGUCAGCAACAACUAGCCUAUUGUUGAAGCUAACUAUUGACAAAAAAACAUAUCCAAUGAGCCUUACAUUAAUAAUUAUAAUUGCUGUAGCAUGUGUAGUUGUAUCUUUGGUUAUCAUAGUUUCUAUUACAAUAUGCAUCUUUAAACAUAUUGAAGUCAAGCAGAGUUCGAGUGCCAUACCAAUGCUUUCUAUAACAGAAAUGAAUGACCUCUAUAAUCGAACAGAUUCCCAGUCAGUAUCACAAAUUGACAAUAUCUAUUGGGAAUUAAUACCAGAAAUGUACAAAAAUAAACUGUCAACAUCUUGUAGUUUCUCAACAGUAUCAAGACCUUUUCCUCUGCGCUCUGAAGAAAGUAAUGCUGCUGCUACAUAUCCACAAUAUCUGAACCAAACAUUAGGUUACUAUCAUAGCAUAGAAUCAUUGAGAAAAGAGGCCAACCACUAUGAAGAAUUGCGAGAAACAUUAGACUUGAACAUCUGUGAAACACCUUCAUUAAUAAAUGCUGACAAGGACAAAGAAACAUGUGAAAGACCAGAGUAGCAGAAAUGGAAUGCACUAAUUUCAAAAAGAAUCCUUUUUCCAUUGAAACAUUGUUCCUGACAUAAAUCCUUGGCACCAGAUAUUUUGGAAUUUUAAAUGAUACAUAUUCAUUAAAAUCUAUAAGAAAAAACUGUUUAAACACACACAAUUUUGAAGCAUAAAUUCUCUUACUUUGGUUUCUAAAAUUACAGAACUAAAACAACUACACAGCAUCUUAACUUCCUUGGCCUAGCAAGAAAAUUAUAGUCAUUUGGAAAUAUUUUGUAACAUUUUAAUGAGAUUUUAUAUGAAUAUUGCAUUUCUAUUUUGAUAUUUCAAAAAUGAGCAUAAGAAAAAAGACUUUUUCUUAUAUAAUGGUUACAUAUUAAAUAUUGAGUUCAUAAUUUGUCUCAAAGUCCCAAAUUUAGGGUAAGGGACACUUAUUUUAUUGACAUCCGAAGGAAGAAAGAUCAAAUUGACAUUAAUAUGGUUUAAACUUUCAGGCACAAAACAUAUUCCUCCCUAGACUUUUAGACACCAACAAUAAACUUUGCAAUGUGUCUGUCCUUGAAUGACUUCCCAAAUGCAAAGUCUUCAGGGAUCCCUUUUCUACUGUAGUGACUUAGAACUGAAACUCUCAUUUUCUGCUGUCUGGUCAGUACCAUGUGCAGACCACACUCAUGUCAUGUGGUGUGUUUUGAUUAUCAACUAAUUGGUUUGCAGCGAUACCAUGCCAUAUCAUGAACAUCAUCUACAAUGUCUUUGAAGUGCCCACACUUUUUAGUGUAUUAAGAUGAAAGCCUACCUAAGGCCAGCAGCAGAGUGUAGUAUUUUUUUUUCUUUGUGUGUUGUCCUGUAAGACAAUAGAUGGAAGCAACGUUGUUUUUUUUUUUUUCUGUUUUUCAAGCCAUGUGGAGUCAGGCGAAAAGAGAAAUCACUGUUCACUCGUUUGUUCUUUUCUCGGCCUCAAUUGGUGUUGAAAAACAAAAACACGUGGGUGAGAAAAAUAAGCGACGGCUCGUGUCAUAGUAGUUGAUGGUUCAAUAUUCUGUACAGUGGUGAUAGAUCUUGCCUGACAAUUAACAGUACAUUGUUUCCUUGGUUCCCUGUUGAGUUGUGGGCUGUAGACAGGGUGAUCCUCUCUCUCUCUCUCAAUAUAUUUUUAUUCUCUGCGUUGAGGUCCUGGCUGGUCUUAUAAGAAAAAAAACUGAGAUAUUAAAGGAAUUACAGAAACGCAUGUACGCAUGCACACACACACACACACACACACAUGUAUGCGCGUGAGCACAUUAACCCACACACGCACAUUUACGCGCGCGCACAAACACACACACACUGACGAUUCAGACUCGUUAAUAAAGGCUUUUCAUCUCA